AUGCCACUCAGCCGUGCUUUUACGGUCACUCUCAUCUUCGCCCUGGCAUCGACCGUCCCUGCAAGUUUUAAUGGUCUAAUCCGAGACGCAGAAGCUGCGGUCAAAACUCGUGACGCCAUAACAGCAACUUGGAAACAGACUAGGUCUCUCUCACCUGACCUAUACCCCAGAAUGAACCAAAGUGAAGGCGAUGUGGAUAUGCAGAAACGCAAAGUCGCUGCGGAUCCAUACGCAGUCCCUUAUCCCCUGCAGACUGGCCCGACUAGAUAUGCUCCAAUGGCCAAGAAACCUGGAACUGCGAUCGCGACAACGCCGCAAACACCCCAGUUUCCGUCCAGUCCAUACAUAGUUGCUACAAAAUAUAUGUCACCAGCAACAGUUGAAACGACCCUUACUGCUUCUGAGACAGUGUCUGUUACUAUGGUUGAAAACACGGCUGCGCCUGCACAGCACCCUUAA